CAACAUCGUAUUUCUGACGUCAGUGAAGGUUGUUCUAUUCUUUCCCCAUUUGAUCGAUAGAUUGCGGCGUAUUAUAAAAUAAAUAUGGCUGCAAAUAAUUAUUUUGGAUUCACAACUGGUGGGACACAAUAUGCAAAUGCUACACCUACCCCUACAAAUUACACUACAAACCAAGCAACUGCUGGCUACACUGUGCAGCAUUCAGCUCAACCAUACACAGCUGCAGCUACUGCUCAGCGCUCCAGUCAGUCUGCAUAUGAAACUUAUCAGCAACCUACUCAUGCCACUACAAAUUAUCCCUAUGCGUCUAGACAGCAGACAACGUAUGAAAAAGCUCAGACAUAUUACCAGACACAAGUUCCGUAUUCAACUACCGAAACUCCUCAUUAUCAAAAUGUGAGCAGUAACAAACCUGUGUAUUCAACUACAAAUGUUAGCUAUAAUACACGACAAACUACUUCUGCUAAAGCUCAAACUCCGACUGCCCAGCAAUCAGCAACAUACUUAUAUUCUACUGGAGCAUCAUCUGGAAAUUCAACCUCAAAUCAGUACAGUUCUGCUUACAACAACUCUGCUGCAACUACAACUUAUUCUGCUUCUAUGUAUGUUCAGCAACCUUCUGUUACAGUUCAACCUGUUCAAGCCGCUCAGUCGACUAUUGUACAGCAACCACAGCAAGUGCAAACUAUUCAAUCUUCGACAACCAGUGCUGUUACUACUCCUAAAGUUCAUGCAAACAAUUGGAUGUCAUUCAAAAAAGGUCCAAUACGAAUGACUCGUCCCAAGUUGCCACCUAAACCACAGCAGCUACAUUAUUGUGAAGUAUGCAAAAUAAGCUGUGCCGGUCCCCAGACAUACAGAGAACAUUUAGAAGGUCAGAAACAUAAGAAAAAAGAAGCUGCUGCUAAAGCAGGAACUGUUGUACACCAUGUGUCUAGGGGUGGAACUACUUUGAAAUGUGAAUUAUGUGAUGUAACAUGUACAGGCUCCGAUGCAUAUGCUGCUCACAUCAGAGGAGCAAAACAUCAAAAGGUGGUAAAAUUGCAUACUAAACUAGGAAAACCCAUACCUUCAACAGAACCUCAAGUUCUUAGCACAGGUGCAGCAGACAACAAUAAGGCCUCAACUAGUGGUAACAAAGUUGGAAAGGGAAAUGCUAUUAAAAAGGCUGGACCACCAAAAAUUCAGUUUGUCGCUUCAAAAUCAGAAGAAACAAUUGAAAUGAAAGAAGAGACUGAUGAAGAAAAAGCUGAUGCCUCAAAAGAUGAUAAUGAAGUUCAGCCCGUUGGGCAAGACUAUAUUGAAGAGAUAAAAAAUGAAGAAGGCAAAGUUGUUAGUUUCCAGUGUAAAUUAUGUGAGUGUAAAUUCAAUGAUCCUAAUGCUAAAGAAAUGCAUAUGAAAGGUCGUCGACAUAGAUUGCAGUACAAGAAAAAAGUUAACCCAGAUCUUGUUGUUGAUAUUAAACCAAGCUUAAGGCAUCGUAAAAUACAAGAGGAACGCCUUCGCCGUCAGCAGAUGAUGGAUGACUAUUGGAAAAGGCGUGAAGAAGAAAGAUGGAGAGAAGAAAUGAGAUUGAUGGAAGAAGAGGAACGUUUAUAUUGGGAAGAGCGUAGAAGGUAUGAGGAUGAACUAGAAUAUUAUGAAUGGCACAGGCGUUUUGGACGAGAACCACGCAUGGGUCCUCCUAUGCCUCCACCUCCUCCCAGACCCUACUUGAUGGGAAUGCCUCCUGCUGGAAUGGGUCCACCUACUAUUCGACGUCCAGAUUCUGUGGAUGAUCGCCAUGUCAUGGCCAAGCAUACUCUGAUAUACCCAAAAGAAGAGGAACUAAAUGCUGUUCAAAAGAUAAUUACUAAUACUGAAAAAGCAUUAAAGUUAGUGUCAGAUUAUUUAACUGAGAAAGCAGAGAAAAAAGAAGUUCCAAAAGCAACAACUGAAACAAAAGAUGUAAAACCUGUAGAAAAUAAAGAUUCCAAAGAAAAGGAUUCCUCUCAACCCUACCGUGUUUUGAAAGGAGUCAUGCGCGUAGGUGUAUUAGCUAAAGGACUUGUUCUCACUGGUGAUUUGAACGUCCAGUUAGUAGUAAUGUGUGCCGAAAAACCGACACGUACUCUAUUAGAACGAGUGAUGGAAAAUUUACCAAAACAACUCUCUACCGUUGCUCCCGAUGAUAAAUAUGAAGUUCAAAGAUGUUUGGAAGAAGCUGCAAUUCUUGUUUCAUCUGCUUCAGAUCAAAAAAUAACAGUCACAGUUACUCUAACUUCUCCUGUAAUGCGAGAAGCCACUAAUGAUGGAAAUGCUUCUGGAGAGACUGUUAAAGACCCGCCGGAUGUUCUGGACAGGCAGAAAUGCCUGGACGCCUUGGCCGCCUUGAGACAUGCCAAGUGGUUCCAGGCUAGAGCAAGUGGUCUUCAAUCAUGUGUUAUGGUCAUACGUAUACUUCGAGAUCUGUGCCAGCGUGUACCUACUUGGAGCCGUUUGAACGGAUGGGCAAUGGAACUUCUGGUUGAAAAAGUGUUGAGCAGCAGCGGACAGCCUUUGAGUCCAGGAGAUGCCCUACGUCGUGUGUUUGAAGCGAUAGCGUCUGGUAUCUUGUUACCAGGAAGCUCUGGAUUGCUUGACCCAUGUGAAAAAGAUCCAACUGAUGCUGCUGGCAAUUUGACAAAUCAAGAAAGAGAAGAUAUUACUGCUAGUGCUCAGCAUGCUUUAAGGUUGAUAGCAUUUCGACAAAUUCAUAAAGUAUUGGGUAUGGAUCCUUUGCCACCACCGAAAUUUGUACGUGGUACAAUUCCAAGGAAACGUAGACGUGACAAUAGCACUAGUGAAGGAAAUGAUUCUGAAGGAGCAAAUGGCAAGAAAGAUAAGAAAGAUGAAGUAAAAGUGGAGAAAAUGGAAACAUCAGACUCUAAACCAUGAGAAAAGAAACUUAAGUGAAGCAUCUUGUUUAGAAUUUUCAUUGGAAGGAAAUUUUAUUUCUACAUCUUUGAGCUGGUGUUUUAUGCACACCUACUAAAUUUUCAGUAAUUGACCUUGCAUAUAAAUGCUGCAAUUUUCAUGUAGAUUAUGUUUCAUUUUCAUCACCUCAUAUUGUAUUUCCACUAGGUGUUUAAUUUACACAAACUUUAAUAUCAUCCAAAAUUUACUCAUUGGAAAUUGUGGAUUUAUUUUAUAUGUGGUCUUAAUGGCAUAGCAACCUUAGAUAUGCAUUUAAAUUUUUCAGUGUAACAGUGCUGUAAAGUUCUGUUUUUCAUUAUUAAAUAUGUUACCUCAAGCGAUUUUGUUAUGGUUUAGACCUAUUAUGAAACUACUUUUGUCAAUAAAAUGUAUGUAUUUGCGUUGUUUA